CGCACCUCUCUGUGAGAACAUGCCCAGUGGGAAAGCCAACAAGCCUGGAGAUGUCGUCACCGCCAAGAACGGCAAAACCAUACAGGUGGACAACACGGACGCAGAGGGACGGUUGAUCCUAGCAGAUGCUCUCUGUUACGCUCACAGCUUCAACCCCAGGGCCAUCGUCAACGCUGCUACCCUCACUGGAGCGAUGGAUGUUGCUCUGGGUUCAGCAGCGACAGGAGUCUUCACCAACUCUGACUGGCUCUGGGAACAGCUUCACAAGGCCAGUGUGGUGACAGGGGACAGGGUGUGGAGGAUGCUCGUUGUUUCAACAUUACACCAGACAGGUCACUGACUGCCAGCUGGCCGACCUCAACAACGUCGGCAAGUACAGCCGUUCUGGCGGAGCCUGCACGGCGGCAGCGUUUCUGAGGGAGUUUGUGAUGGCCCCUCAUUGGGCGCACCUGGACAUCGCCGGG